UAUGUUAUUAUUCCCUGUGGGACGCGCAGUCUAGAGCAGAAUUUUCAAGUGCACGUCUUGGACCGAUCCUACAUGCGUCUUCAAUGACACCAUAUACCGAAGUGCCGAUCAGUCAGAAUCCAAAUUCCUGUCUCGACUGUGGCUCCCAGAUGUUACUCGUCGCAAUUCAGCCUGGGGCAGACAAGAAGCAUAAAAGACCGCUUUUGUGUCUGAAAAUUAUUAUCCGCUCUUUCUAUCAUCUGCUGCAUCCCCGACAUUCUUUCCACACUUGACGCUCUUUAUCUAUAUCAAGUUGUCAUUAUGGUUGCUCUUCAAGUAUUCUACGAAGGCCGAGCCGGCGAACGCCUCUUCACCAAGCCAGCCAAGUCCCUGUCCAAGGUGUGGACUAGCAUCAAGUCAAGCAAGGACUCUUUUGCCUUCAACAAGGUCAACCGCGUUCCGGUGCCUAAGUAUGACGUGUCUGUUUCUACUCCUGCGCUGUCUGGUGGUCGCGCUGCUGCCAUCGUCGCGUGGCCCUCUAGUGCCAGUAUUAUGAUUUCUGCGACCGGUAUCCUUCCGCCUGUCCUUUCCGGCAUGCCCGAUUCUGCCGUUGGAGAGAUGGAGGCGCUUCAAGGCCUUGUCGAUGCGUACCACGAUCCGGACGUACUCGACAUCAGGAAAAGGGUGUUUGUUUUGGACUUCAUCGAAGCGUUCUUCGCGAGAGACCAGAAAGCGAUGGAUAUCUUGAGCCCUAUCCAUGCUCCUGAUCAGGCCUAUUCAGUGGUGCUGUCACACCGGAAUAUUUCUGGAACAACGGUCCUUAACUCUUCAACGCGCUCUGCAAAUGCGGUUACACCGCGAUCCCAUUUCAAGAAUGAAACCAGCCUCAGCGACUUCAUCGUUCGUGCGAGGCUCGGCGCUGGUGCCAACGGCGUCGUUUACCGCGUUGAAGACAAGAUUACCAACAAGACCAUGGCGUUGAAAGUAAUUAGGAGGCGCGGCGCGGCUCUAUGCGAUCUUCAGCAAUUUCGAGUUGAGUUGGAUGCCCUGAAGCGGGUCAUAGGCGAUCGUCAUUGUAUGCAAGUCGAGGCGGGCUUCCAAGACGAGCAGUGCCUCUAUCUAGCUCUUGCGUUCUAUCCAGGAGGGGACCUCCAUGACGUUAUUCGCACUUAUCCGUGCCGGGUUCUUCCAGUUGAUCAAGCACGGUUCUACACCGCGGAGCUUCUCAUCGGUGUUUAUCAUCUCCAUUGUCAAGGCAUUAUCCACAGAGAUCUUAAACCUUCCAACAUCCUUAUCGACUCCCAUGGUCACCUGGUAAUCGCAGACCUGGGGUUGGCCAAGGUCUUCACGCUAGACAAUCCAAAAUCGUUUUCUCCUUACAACCCCACGGGCACUUUCACCAGCCUUUCGCAAGCUCCCUAUCUUGCAAGUUCGCUCUGUGGCACCGCAGAAUAUAUGGCGCCGGAGAUUAUCAUGGGCGACAAGUACGGUUUUGCAAUUGAUUUCUGGGCGGUAGGUGUCAUGCUGUACGAGAUGCUCGCCGGGAGGACUCCUUGGUCCACGAUUGAUGGUCUUCAUAUAGCUGACGGUAUUAUUGAAUUUGAGCCUUUCUUCGUUAAAGACUUCCAUUCCGAGGCACGGGAUCUCUUGCAUAGCAUGCUUCAGAAGGACGUCAAGAGUAGGCCACCGUAUGAGGCUAUGCUUCAUCACUCAUUCUUCGCGUCGAUUGAUUGGAAGAAAGUCGAGAAACGGACCCUUCCUCCGCUUUGCAUCCCCGUAGUUGAAGAGCAAGACUCCCCAUCCACAGUUCCGAUCUCGCUCGGCCAAUGCGAGCCAUCGAACGACCCGCUGCCCAACUUCAACUUCAUUUCUCCGGCGCUGAAGCGCGAGCGCCGGCAUGCGCAAGCCUUGUGGAGAGUCAAGGCUAAAAGUGGUAUUCAAGGUCUUCAGAAAAUUGUCGUCAAGCUCUUCUCCCGCCGACCAGCUUCGGAAAAGAAGGAGCAGGAUGCCGCUCGUCCCGCUCGUACAACGACUGCCUCUACGCUGGUGACCGAUGACGAUGCACGGGUCAACUGGGCUUCUGGGGCUGCCGAUAAUUCCCAUACUUCAACGAACUGGUCCUUCCGCCACUACAUGCGUCGUAACGCUCCUCUGGGCGAAGAUGUCCCGCCGCGCGACAAGUAUUCUGGUACAGUUCCUCUGCGGCGCCUCGAGUCCUUCAUCCGCGGUGUCGACCAAAGAGAGAGGCGUCGUCCGACGCCGAGGAAUUUACGGUUCACUCCAUCGCCUUCUCCCGCCACCGCCUCCCCUGACGCGACCCUUGUCGCAUCUCCCACGCAUCAGUCACCGAAGGGAAUUGGGUCUCCGUCCCGAAACUUGGGCUUCAAGCGAUGGAUAAGUCGCUUCUGGCACCCCAUCCCUGCUGCCAAUGUGAUGGUCGGGGAUGAACGCAAGACCAUUGACCUCACUGCAUAGGCGCUGUCACCGUACUCCCGAUCCCUUCCCCUAUUUCGCUGCUGGUUGCUGUCCUGGAUCCCUCUGCCACCCCGGUCAGCUAUUCCCCUUGGAUUUCUCGAAUCUGCAAUCGGUGCUUGUUCUGCUUUUUCAUAUACCCUGCUUCACUUCUACUCUGUUGCCUGCUCUCCCGUCUGCACAUCGUUUUCAUAUUCCUUUUUCUCGCAUAUCUUGAUUCGCCUACUCG